AUGCGACUUCUUUGGCGGCUUCUGCUAGUCAUGGCAAUCAGUCCUUCUGUUCUGACCGCUCAAUUCUCUGGUAUCUUAUUAAUGAAUCCAUCCCAUCUAGCAGUUAAAGAAAUAACCAGUACGUCCGAACAAAUAAUAAGUAGUUUAGAUCCACCUAAGCAGCCAGAAGAACCUUCCCUUGUUGCGGCAAUGACAGAGAAGACUAAAGUUCUAGCCCGUGUUAGUAUUAGUCUAGCUAAAAGGUGUAUUCACCGACUUACUCCUAGUACUAAUACUAUUAUCAACUUUCUUUAUAUUCUAGCUAUUCUCCUCAGUAUUAUUAGUAGUUACCAACUUGAUAAGAUCUUCCUUUCUGGGAGUAUCAAGAACUUCUUUGCUGAUCUCGUCUCUUCAACCCUUGGCAAUAUCAAAGUCUUUGGCCAGUCCCAAUUUAGUGCCAAGUUCAUGAACAGCCCUGAAAUGUACACUUUCAUCACCGAUACCCAACUCAAAAUAGAAUCCCGGGCUUUAUUCAUUAACCCCAACUCCAUCAAUCUCGAACAACUCCAACGCCUAGAACAUCUCGCCGCCCAAGCACUUAAAUCCCUUGCUACUCGUGGUGAAAACCUCCCCCAUAUCAUUCAAGCCGCCGCCGCCCACUGCACCGCCCAAACAGGUCUCCCCGCCCUUCUUAGCCAAACUUCCGCCACUGCCACUGCCACCGCCACCACUGCCAACCAUCUUAUCCAACGCGUUUUAAACCUCCAAUUCCUCGUCUACUCCCAUGAAGCCAUGAUCACCCUCCUUAAACAAUCCUACAUUGAAAACCUCAUCAAAGAACAUAAUACCCUCCUCUUCCAACUCUUCCAUAAAGAAAUAACCAACGCCAUCCUGGCCGUCCGCAGCUUUUACAUACAAUCUCGUCUACUUGAUAUACCAAUAGUCAUUUAUUAG